CCCUUAGCUCGCGCUCUCUCUCGCUCCCUCCUUCCUUGCUUCCCCCUCUCCGUCUCCCCCACCCCCCCCUCCUGAUGGAAAAGGGUUGAAGCGUUUCUGAUAGGAGCCGGGACUGCUCCUAACAGGAAAGGAGAGAGAAGAGGGAAAGAAGACGAGGAAGACUGCAGCCGAAACUCCAAGGCGAUUGUAGUUUGCCGGAGAUCUUCCUUCCUUGUUUGGGCUUCCUAGUCCAGAAGACCAGAAAGGCGGCUUGUAGGAUCGCUGGACUUUAUAGAGUGCUGCUCUUUUGGUGGGAUCUCGAUCUCCUCUCCUCUUUCUUUUCCUUGUGUCCACAGGCGGGCCCCCCUCCCCUUAAGGUAACAUCCUUCAGGGCAAGAUGUACGUGUGAAUGGCUGCCAGCAGACGCGACAAAGGGGAAACAUUCAAAGUGCAUUCUGAUAAUUGUCAGGAAAAAGGGAACUUCUGGCAGCUGCAAGCCAAUCUCCAGUGUUACUAGAGGUUGCUACAGAAUUAUAAUGGAGCAUGGACUUCAAAAUGAGACAACAGUGAUGCAAAGGUGGUGUACCUGUCACUAAUCCUAUGCGUGGCAGCUCUUGCGAGAGUUCAUGAGCAAGCUGCCAGCUGGGGAAGAAGAAAGCAGCAGAGGCGGAAAACAAAACGGUGGCAGGAAGGCAGGAGAAAACAAUGGUGGAGGGAAUGCUAAGAUGGAGCCUGCUAGGAUACAUAUGUACAUAAUCUGAAAACAAAGUAUCCUCCGGGGGCUGACCUUGGAUGCUAAAUCUGCAGCACAUCUUCAACCAUGGUUGUUUCAAGAUUAAAGGCUGGUCCACUGUCACUGCCAAGCCUUUUCCUUCUCACUUUUCACCUCUCUACAUCGCAGAACAUUCUUGACUACCCUGAAGAUGAGCAGCAGUGUUCAAGAAGAGAGCACCCUACCAUUUCUUUUGAAGAUCUGAAGCCCUGGGUGUCCAAUUUCACCUAUCCAGGUGUGCGGGACUUCUCUCAACUUGCUUUGGAUGCCAAUCGGAAUCAGCUCAUUGUUGGAGCCAGGAACUACCUCUUCAGACUUCGUCUACACAACGUUUCUCUUAUUCAGGCAACAGAAUGGAGCUCAGAUGAAGACACCAGGAGAUCCUGUCAGAGUAAAGGAAAAACUGAGGAGGAAUGCCAGAACUAUGUUCGUGUUCUGAUUGUUUAUGGCAAGAAGAUUUUCACUUGUGGUACCAAUGCCUUUUCACCUAUAUGUUCCAGCAGACAGGUAGGAAAUCUCAGCAAAAUAAUUGAGAAAAUAAAUGGGGUGGCUCGCUGCCCUUACGACCCCCGGCACAACUCCACAGCUGUGAUCACAUCACAGGGAGAGCUGUAUGCUGCAACUGUCAUUGAUUUCUCGGGACGGGAUCCCGCUAUUUACCGCAGCCUCGGAAAUGUCCCACCUCUUAGGACAGCACAGUACAACUCCAAGUGGCUUAACGAGCCUAACUUCAUUGCUGCCUAUGACAUUGGUUUGUUCACUUACUUCUUUUUCCGCGAGAAUGCUGUUGAACAUGACUGUGGAAAAACAGUCUAUUCUCGAGUUGCAAGGGUUUGCAAAAAUGACAUUGGAGGGCGAUUUUUGUUGGAGGACACAUGGACAACGUUUACGAAAGCUCGUCUGAACUGCUCCCGCUCUGGAGAAAUCCCCUUCUACUACAAUGAACUGCAAAGCACUUUUUAUCUUCCUGAACAGGAUUUGAUCUACGGAGUGUUCACUACCAAUGUAAACAGUAUUGCUGCUUCAGCAGUGUGUGCCUUCAAUCUCAGUGCUAUUACACAAGCCUUCAAUGGGCCUUUCCGAUACCAAGAAAAUCCCAGAUCUGCAUGGCUGCCAACAAUUAACCCCAUCCCCAAUUUCCAGUGUGGAACGUUGAAUGAUGAUAGCCCCAAUGAAAACCUGACAGAAAGGAUCCUUCAGGAUGCCCAGCGCUUAUUCCUGAUGAAUGAUGUUGUGCAGCCUGUUUCAGUGGAUCCAUAUGUCACUCAGGACAACAUCCGUUUUUCUAAACUGGUGGUUGACAUUGUUCAAGGAAAGGACACACUUUACCAUGUAAUGUACAUUGGGACAGAGCAUGGCACCAUUUUGAAGGCACUUUCUACAACUAAUAAGAGCCUGAGGAGCUGUUAUUUAGAGGAAAUGCAGAUUCUUCCCGCCAGCCAAAAGGAACCAAUCCAGAGCCUCCAAAUCCUGCACAGUGACAGAUCACUCUUUGUGGGUUUGAAUAAUGGCGUGCUAAAAAUUCCUCUGGAGAGAUGUUCAAUGUACAGAACAGAAGGCGAGUGCCUGGGAGCAAGGGACCCAUACUGUGGCUGGGAUAGGAAGCAGAAGCGAUGCACAACCAUUGAGGACAGCUCCAACAUGAGCCUGUGGACUCAGAGUAUUACAGAGUGCCCUGUCAGAAAUCUGAUAAUGGACGGUCAAUUGGGGGCCUGGUCCCCAUGGCAACCCUGUGAGCACUCAGAUGGAGACAGCACAGGCUCCUGCAUGUGCAGACUGCGGUCAUGUGACAACCCGCGGCCUCGGUGUGGUGGACGUGACUGUGAUGGAGCCAGAAUAGAGAUUGCAAAUUGCUCCAGGAAUGGAGCUUGGACACCAUGGUCGUCCUGGGCCCCCUGCAGCACUUCCUGUGGGAUUGGCUUUCAGGUCCGUCAGAGGUCAUGCAGCAACCCUGCUCCGCGAUACGGAGGCAGGGUCUGUGUCGGACAAAGCAGAGAGGAGCGAUUCUGCAAUGAGAACAGCCCAUGCCCAUUACCAAUAUUUUGGUCUUCGUGGGGCCCUUGGAAUAAAUGUAGUGCAAACUGUGGUGGAGGAGUGCACUCAAGGCAAAGGUCUUGUGAAAAUGGAAACACCUGUCCUGGGUGUGCUGUGGAAUAUAAAACCUGCAGCCCAGAGGCCUGCCCAGAAGUGCGGAGGAAUACACCUUGGACACCGUGGAUGCCCACCAACAUCACCCAGAGUGGGGCCCGCCAGGAGCAGCGCUUCCGCUACACCUGCCGUGCUCAGCUGGCUGACCCCCAUGACCUCCAGUUUGGCAGAAAGAAGAUGGAGAGUCGCUUCUGCCCAAAUGACGGCUCAGCAGUUUGCGACACUGAUUCUCUAGUUGAUGACCUUCUGAAAAGUGGCAAGACCUCUAUCCGGAUCAUCAAUGGUGGUUGGUCUUUUUGGGGAGGCUGGUCAUCUUGUUCUCGAGACUGUGAACUGGGUUUCAGAACCAGGAAGCGAACAUGUACCAAUCCAGAACCAAAAAAUGGUGGCCUGCCUUGUACUGGAUCAGCAAUGGAAUAUCAGGAUUGCAACCCACACCCCUGUCCAGUGAAAGGCUCGUGGUCUUGCUGGACUCCUUGGUCUCAGUGCUCAGCAACUUGUGGAGGUGGGCACUACCAGCGCACCCGAACCUGCACCAACCCAGCACCCUCUAACGGGGAAGAUAUCUGCAUUGGAUUGCACACAGAGGAAGCACUGUGCAAUACACACUUAUGUGAAGGAGGCUGGUCCGAAUGGUCUGAAUGGAGCUUGUGUAACGAAGAUGGGAUCCAGUACCGUAGCCGUUAUUGUGAAGUCCACAAUCCUGGAUCUUCCCAGUGUGCCGGGAACAGCACACAAUACCAAGACUGUUUGUAUAAUGAGAUCCCUGUAAUCCUGCCAGCUUCAAGCAUUGAGGAGAGCACGAACUGUGGAGGAUUCAGCCUCAUCCACCUGAUUGCCACAGGAAUCUCCUGUUUCUUUGGUUCUAGCCUCUUAACCUUUGUUAUCUACGUUUACUGCCAGCGCUGCCAAAGGCAAUCCCAGGAAUCGACUGUUAUCCAUCCUACCACUCCCAAUCAUCUACAUUACAAAGGCAACACAACUCCCAAGAAUGAGAAAUACACACCUAUGGAAUUCAAGACACUUAACAAGAACAAUUUAAUACCAGACGACAGGACCAACUUCUAUCCUUUGCAGCAAACAAAUGUGUAUACAACAACCUAUUACCCCAGUACACUGAAUAAAUAUGACUACAGGCCUGAGGCCUCCCCUGGAAGGACCUUUACUAACAGCUGAUGAUGGACCAAUCCUCCAAGAACUGGAUUGCUUCCUAUAUGAUUUUUAUUUUUUAAAUUGAGUUUAUGGACCAAAUAUUGGCCCAGUCUCUAGAUGUAAAUAUUAUACAGUGGGCCUUUUAUUUUCUCUUUUAUCAGUGGUCUUACUUUCAAAGCAGCACAUCUUCUUAAGUGGACUCACUGCUUAUGGAUAAAGGACCAUCCUGCCAAGGAUUUUUGAGGAGUCCUCAGCUUGAGAUAGCACUUAUUGCUAUGGAUGUUUAUGGCUGGACAUUAUGCUUUGUGUCUGAUGCCAAGAUUGUCCAGAAACCAACCACAAUGUGCUAAACUGGUAUGUGGUAUGUGGCUAGCCAGCACUUCCUCAGAAACUCAGUGGACAUCUAAGGAAGAAGAAGUUCACACCAUAUGCCUACAGGUUAACGGUACUAUAAAUGUCAUCUGUAAGACCAGCCUUAUGUGAAAGUGUGCUCAAGAUGUUGGUUUUUAAGUUUCUGGAUUGAUCACAGUGUCAUCAGUUUCCUGUGACAUGGAGCAAUAUAUGCAACCUUUCAAUGAAAAUGGUUCUCACAUGAAAGAACCAUCUUGAAGCAUUUCUGGUCAUAAUUCUCUUUGGGGGGAAUAGUAGUAAGACAUUCAGUGAAGUAAAAGUUUGGGUAAUGAAGGUUGGCCUUUGGGUAUGUUGAAUGGUGGCUUUAUCCCACUGGAGAAAAUAUGAAGAGAAUGGAACAAGAGCCAUGGAAUAUCUUGAUAGGAAAAACAAACAUUUCUUCCAACUUUGAUUCAAGUAGCCUCUGAAGUAACUUCAAGAUUGAUGGCCCUGUUCAUGUUGAAAUCACCAAGCUUUGUGCUAAUGCCGAUUUUAUUUUUUAUAAUUUUUUAUUCACUUGAUCAAAGAGAAAUGUUUUUUGUUCGCGGUUUGUCUCUGAAGAAUGUCUCCAUAGUGUAGUCUAACCCAGAAAGCCUACUUCAGAUUCCUUCAGUGUCUUCCAGCCAGUAUUCCAUGAAAAUACAACAUUCAUCAUCAAUUGCCAAUAUUCUUCAGUAUCUGAGCAAGAAGGGGGGGGGAGGUAAUCCUGAUUCAAUUAAGGUGAGCUGGGAUCUGUAGCAUUAUUAAACACUCAGUCCAGUUCAGUCUUGAAAUGUAAUUCUGUGUAUAUGUGUGACUGUGCAGGCCAUGAUGUCCAUGGCCAGAUUAUUGUCUGACAUUAAUGUCUAGCAGGAUGCAUACCUCUUAUCCUUGCUUUAAUGGGCAAUCACAUCCAGUGUGUUUGGCAAUGUAAGUGACUUUGCCACUGUUUUUAGUGUUCUCUGGUACGUAUAUUGUUAGCCAACUCCUCCUGGUGCUAAGAGCUGGAGAUUGCCACAAUAUGAAGCAUGUGAUCAGCAGAGUGGGAUCCAGUCCCUGCACAAAUGAUGAGCACUUCUAGAGCUUGGGCUCCUUUUGUGUGUCUUCUUUCAGAAGUGAUCAGAUCUGUCUGCAGUUGCUAGCUUGAUAAUGCUCCAAGCCAUUUGUUUUAGAGUUGGAUUUACUGUGUGGCAGGUAGCACUGUAUCAUUCCCCUUGUGCUGCUUGUAACAGGCCUUUUUGGAAAUAUAGUCUUGAGACGUGGCAGAGCACAGCACCAUCAAGGCCAUUAAAAUACUUGCCUGUUUUUUCAUAACUCGCAAUGCCUGACUGUUUUAAGGGGAAAUCACCUGAUGCCAGCAUCUCAUACACCUUAUGCAACCACAAGUCAGAAAACAUGUUAGUGAGCACUGGUGCCUAAACUGUGCAAAAUUUCCGUGGCUGAAUCUGGAUGGGUGCAUGGGCUAGACUUUUUUGAAUUUAGAAACACUGCUUGCCUUUUUCGUUUUCGGCUGCUGCUUUCCACAUGCCAGUGGUUGAGAACUUAAUCCAUCUGAUUGCUACAGGCUUGUAUCCCAGCCCCAAUAGCUUUGAGAAAUAGUUUGGGGCAUCUUGGAAGCUUUGUUUCAAAGGGUUACCAGUGCAUUGCAAAACUCUGAUUCAUUUUGCAAUUGUGUGGUUUUUUUUAAAAUAGAUACAAAUGAAUUAAACCUUCAAGUUCAGUGUUCUUUUCCAUUCUUUUUGAAUGUGGUUUUUUGUUUGUUUGUUGCCAUGGAAUAAACCAGGUAAUUCUUUUUUCUGCUAGAUGAAGCCUAGACUUCCUUCUCUAUUAUACCUAUAGAAUAACUCCCCACUCCCCCUUCUAGUUAGGCAGCAGAAGUUUAUUUCUUUAAAUGCCAGAAAGCAAGGAUGUUUUCAGCCAGAAUAUUCCAAUUCAUUCUUUCCAGGAUCUGAAAGGGAAGCAGGAUACCCUUUCAACUGCAGGCAGGCAGAUUCCAUUUCAGUGCAUGGGAGACGGGGUGCCAAAGUACAUCUGAACUCUUAUCAUUCAAUUAGCAUUUGCAUAAGAAUGCUAUUGCAUUGACUCUUAAGGUCCAUGUUAAUGCAAAGUAGAGAACUGAAUUCCUUUUGAGCUCUCCAGUGCAGGGUAGGUUGAUAAGAUAGGAUACAGUGACAUACUCGCAUCUCUGGUUCAGCAGGUAACUCAGUGCUGCUAACGUCCAUGGUAGAUUGGACCAUUUCUCUGUAGGGAUCUUUAACACUGAAACUUCCUAUGCUCAGGGUCAUAAUAAUGCACGUUGCAGUGUGCAGGAAAUGUAUUCCGUUCUACAGUGCUGCUUUUUUGUCAACAGGAUGAUGUGGAGCUGUCUGAAAAGAAAACAAGCCCCUGGUUGAGUGUUUGAUGAGGAAAUUGUAUUGCUCUAGUUAGGACAGCUGUGUGCAAAUGCUUUGGAAUACAUUUUUGGGUGACUCAUUUCUUGCUACAUGGAAAGGAGAACCAGAUGAGGAGCACCUCACUCACACCCAGUGGGACUGUCUUCCACAUUGCAUAGGAAGAUAAGAUGCUUCAGAAAUUCAAGAGGACUGCUCAAAGCAGUUUCUACAUGGCAGGAAGGUAGCUGUUCAAAGAACGUCAGUCCACAUGUUGAAUGCAAACCUUUAGGAGCUGUUAGAAUUAUGCCCAGAUUCUUUAUGGCCAUAGGCACUGAUGGGCAUCUAGUCCAGUUUUCCCAUAGAUAGGUGAUGGAAUGUAGCUCAAAGGGAUCAAAGCCCUCCCAAUUUUUAGAAAUAUGUUACAGCCUUCUGUACCUGAAUGGCCUUAGGCAACAUCUGAAACAUUGUUGAGCAGAAGUAGUGAAAACUAAAGCCAUUAUGGAAGCAAAUUAUGUUGUUGUUCCAAAUGGUAAUGGGAUAGGGGAGAGAACACAGCUAAUCUAGCUAACUGUUUCGGGCGUGAAUAAUGGGAGCAUACAUGCUGGAGGGUCCUGCAGUUUCUUGUGGAUGAGAGGGCUAAAGAGAGAACAUUUUCAUAGGAGAGCAUGUUAUAAUUUUCAGUGUCAGGAUUAUAAUCUUUGAUCACUUAAAUGAGAGAAACUUUUCACAGAUGAGUUUUCAAAAAGAAAUUCAUGUUGUUGCACCAGCUUUUUGCAGGAGCAAUGUAAGGAUUACACUUGCCAUCACACAUGACUCCAACGACGUCUUACAGGCACAUAUGUAACUCUCACCCUCAGCACAGCUGUGCCAUUUCAUUUCAAUGGAAGCAGGACAUCAAAGUGUCUGCCAUUUCACGUGGGCAGAACUGUUGCCAUCACCAUUGAAUGGGGCAAUGCUUGUUGCCAGGAGAUUGCUGUGUUCACAUCUAGGGGAGCAUGCAGGCCUCUGGAUGAAAGCAAAGGGAUCCAAUGAUUGAAAGGCUGAAGAGUUCAUCUAGCUGAAUAGACCAAUCUCACUUUCCUCUUCCAUACAAAUGAAUAAUAUUAGCUGCCAUUCAGUGACACGUUUCCACUCUUACUGAGUGCUUACAAGCAGGAGUCCUCUUACACAACAGCAGGCGUGCAGGAAGGCUGGGACAAUUGUGCAAGGACCCCUGGCAUGCCCCUGCAGCUCCCCUUAAUGCAUGUGCUUCAUUAGGAUGUUAGCCAUUAAUUCCGCCUUCUUGGCCAGGUUGGGGGUUGUUGCCAAUGUGGCCUUCUACCAACAUGAUGCUACAAAGGAGGAUGUUUAGAUUGGUAAAACAGCAAAGUUUCAUUACGACUCUAUUCCAGAUCACGCUUGCUUUGCCUCCCAUUUCUGGCUAGGCAUGGAAUACAUGUGUGGGUCGGUAGCUAGAUGACACAGAGGAUGUUUUGCCUCCUGCAACAAUCUAAUCUGCCUCAUUUGUUCAGUGCACUGUAUAUCUGAAAAAAGUACACAUGGAACUUCUUACUGAGAAGCUAGUGAAAAAUGUCCUGCUCUGUAACUUUGUACACAUUCUAAUAGGCAGGAAAAAAGCCCUUUUCAUUUGAAAAGCAAGCCCAUGUAGAAUGAAGUCAUGUUAUUGUGAAGAGGGACAUGUGAAUAUUCAUACAAGUGUUUCAGUGGCUCACCUGUGACAUAAAAGAGUUGUACAUGUAUACCUGCUGCCUUAUUUUUUAGAGGAUGAAAUAAAGUUAGAUGAAGAUAUGUAAAAAGUGGGAAUGAUUGGUGGCCUUUGGGGUAUAACUAGGAUUGUCCCCUCCUUAGUAUUAUAAAAUCUAAUGCUAAGAAAAGUUCAGAAAAGAAACAGGUAUUAAUAACUCAGUUCAGUCAUACCAAAUGUGGGAUUUUCUUACACGUGCAAAAUACAAAUGUGAAGCUCAAAGUCCUGCCAAAUUGUGUAUAUGGAGUAUAUGUGUGUGUACACACACACACACACACACACACACACACACACACACACAGUGCCUAAAUAUAAAUUUAGAAUAAAACAGCACUGAGACUUGAGGACAGACUUCAAAGGAAAACCCAAAAGAAAACACAGUAGAUAACAAAAAAAAAUUGGUUUUUUACUAAAUAAAAGAUUUUUUGUUAUUUAAUGAAAAUUGAGAAGAAAGUUGACUUUUGUAGCUAGAACUGUUCAUCUGCCCCAACCCACAAAAAUCCAUUCCUGUUAAGAAUGGCAAAGUAAACAAUGUUUGUAUUUGCUCAUAUUUUAUGAAUAAACAGCCCAAACUGA